AUGCCGCACAAGAUUGAACAGCCUGCCCUGAAGGGCAACCAAGUUCUGGCCGGCAAACAAGACAUACUCGUUGCCGUCAUUGGCAUAGGAUUCGUAGGCACAGGCCUAGUGUCUACGUUUUCCACUGCCUAUCCGGUUCUCGGGUUCAACGUCAGCCAGAAGCGAGUUGUAGAAGUAGCUCGAGUGCUCUUGAUGUGGGCAAAGCCGCAGUCGACGAUUGUGGUUGAGAGCUCAGUGGCUGUGGGGAUGACACGCAAACUACUUGGACCUCUUGCCUUGUCAAAUGGCUACUUUGUUGGCAUGUCUCCCGAGCGUAUUGACCCUGGCCGUACCGAGCCUCCUAUGCAUUCUAUCCCCAAGGUAGUCUCUGGGCUUGACGAUAUAUCCCCUGGGUCACUAAGCUCCAUUACCAAGCUGUACCAACGCGUGUUUGACCAGGUUAUACCUGUUUCAAGCCCCGAAGUAGCAGAAAUGACAAAGCUCUACGAAAACUGUCAGCGGAUGAUGGGGAUAGCGUUUGCCAACGAGAUGGCAGAUGCAUGCAUUAGCCACAACAUCAAUCCCUUUGAAGUAUGCAAGGCCGCAUCAACCAAGCCAUUUGGUUACAUGCCGUUUUCCCCAAGUCUAGGAGUCGGUGGUCACUGCAUCCCCGUCAACCCCCACUAUCUCCUCCUCAACAAUGACUUUCCGCUGUUGCAACAGGCAGCAGAUAGAAUGCAUCAGCGGCCCAAACGAAUAGCCCUUCGUAUUCUGGACGAGCUCUAUACUGAGGAACGCCAGAGCGACUCUGGAAUACUCGUGCCAAAGCGCGUGCUUAUCGUCGGCAUAGGGUUCAAGGCCGGCCAGUCGCAUCUCGUCAAUUCGCCCGGCCUUGCGCUGGCUUCGGAGCUCCAGCGCCUGGGCCAGGGGGAUGUUAUGUUUGCUGACAGUCUUGUGUGCCAGUCGCAAGUUCCUCGUCUUGAGAAGUUUCCCGAGGAAAGUUGGAAUAAGGAGUGUUUGGAGGAGUUUGACAUGAUUGUUGUGGCUUUUCGACAGGUCGCUAUGGAGUUGGGAGUUUUGAAGGGUCUACGUGGGGUCAAGGUGCAGAUAUGGUGCGACUAA